GAAUCCGGGAAGAGCAGCGCCACACUAAGCCUCGUUUGAUCCGCUCCCCUUUUCGAAGUUGGGUUGUGCCGAUCACGCACUAUUUGCAUGCCCAGGAUGAGUCUCCGAGCUCUCGUAGUCUCUCUCGCAGUUGUCGGUGUGUUGCUGCGUCGCACUGCUCCUCAAACCCACCCCUCUGAUCGUAAUGCUGAGCUUCCGGUUGAUGUAGCCCAAGUCAGAUGCGGGGAGGAAAUCGCGCGAGCGCUGGCAAGUGAGAGAAUGUGAGGACGAAGCAGCGAGCGAAUCUCAGCACAGUUUCGAAGAAUUGGGCGGCAGAAUUCGGGGCAAGGUCAUCCUCGUGCUGCUGGAGCAGGCCUUGGAACAGCGCAUCAGCUGGGCGUUCGCGUCAUGGCAAGGGUACCCGGUCAACAGCUGCAGCUUCCCCGCAAUUAUUUAGCCCGCCGCUCUGCACGGUCCGUGGCGACUGUCGGCUUCGAUGGGAUGUGUCGUAGAAGUUUCCACAGUCCUGUGAUUACAGCUCACCGCAGGAAGCUGUCGCUUCAAGUCACAGGGUCUCGGCACUGCUUCAUCCAGACCUAAAUUUCAGCUGGGUAUGUGGAUCAAUGGUUAAAUCGGGACCUUGGGGAGCGCCCAGAUUGUGCAUUGUUUAGGUUUUGUUUGCUUCUCUGCCAAGGAGUUGUGAUCCGAGGGAACUCGCUUCUGCUACGCGACUUGGGUCAUUACGAGUUGUUGUAUGGGGACCGGAUUUCUUCGGUCGUUGUGAAUUUCCUCGUCGCAUCUGUAGAUUGGCUUUGGCAACUUCUUUCCUUGGAGUGCUACACUGUGUAGCGAGGAUCUCUUUUCGGGCUGAGCUCAUUCUUUGAUGGAGCGCCGGUUUUUAGUCUCUUUCGGCUCGAGGUGGUCAACUUGAGAAUCUAGAGAAUGAAUGAGUGGGCUGUCGCUUGUACGUCUGUGCAACUGAAAGCUGGAGUUCGACAAUCUGAAGAGGUUCCAACAAUGCUGAGGCUCAAGCAACGCAAUAUCCUGCAAUCUCUUGAAGAAGUAACUCUCAGUCCAAGCCCAGGAGCGUUCAAUUCCGGGAGCUACAGCAUCCUCCAACGUUAACCCACAACAAGCACCAGGUUACAUUGCUACGACCCGCGUCAAUACAGCGCAAAAGAAUCUGAGCUGCAAGGAGAGACUUUUUGGACGCAUUCAUGUUGCUCCGACUACCCUGACAAUCUUAGUAGCCAUGUCCGUCAUCGGUGAUUCUCAGCCCAUUGCUCUUCAUCUCCAUACAUCUUCAAAUAUGUUACACGAUUCCACAUUGAGGACCCCACAACCCAGCAGGUCUGAAAUGACAACUACUUCAAGGAUUACUCAAGGAUUACAUCACAGUUCUGAUGCAGCUUCACCUAGUAAUUCCCUCUCUUCUGCCUCACAGCUGAGAACUAUCCCAGAUAAUUUUGAAUCAAACCAAUCCACUCUUCAAUAUCUCCCUGCCGGUACUCCUAGUGCCUCGACCAGUGAAAAUGAUUUCGUGACUUGUACAACGGACAUCCCGCUUUUGACAACAUUCCCAGCUGCAGUUCCACCGAGUUUAUUGGCUGAUUUAGCUUCUAGUUCUCAGCAGUGUACGGAUAAGGAUGGUGAAAGCUCCGGCCUGGAUGUUGUGUCUGUUCUUCUGUCGGAGGACAGCGGGAUUGAAAGCCAAAGUCUUGAAUCCAUGAAGGCUUUGGUAACGGAUUCCGCGCUGUCCACCAGUGUUCUGCAAAAUGCAACGGAAUUCAGAACCAGCUCUCUUGGAGAAGGGCGUGCGAAUGUCGUGGUGUGUAGGGUGGAUGGAAAGGCAAACACAUCUCUGGUCGGAUCAAAUCCUCACACCGCUGACUUGAAGGGCGAAAAUGGGCUAGGUCAGGAGGACGGCCAGCCGUUGCAUGACAAUCUCUCGGUGCCUGCCUCGAUGCCAUCUUCUGACAGUACCCUGAUUUCAGGGAACGGUUCUGGAGAUUUAUCACCUGUGGGAGAUAUGAGUACUUCUGAGCAUGAAAUGAAAGUACUCAAAGACAGCAGCGUCCAUCUCUUGCAGAACAUUUUUGAAAACGCUGAGGAUGUAGCAUCUGAUGAAGCAGUUGGGAGGACAAAAUCUAUGCCGGCACCAAAAUCUGAAAGUGUUCAUUCUGCUAGGUUUUUGAGACGGUCUAGCACUGAAAAGAGAAGAAGGGGGAUGAACACCGACAACGUUAACGUCCGUGUUACUCCAGAGUUCAACAAAUUGUCGGACCGCAGAAAGAAAAAGCUGUUAAGAAAACUGGCCACAAUCAAAAAAGACGGAGUGGUGGAGUUUGAUGUGGGCGAUAGUUCACAAGCAGCUAAGGACUUGUUUGGGUAUGGCUUCUCGCCAGUAGGAGAUGCUAAAUACGAAAAUGAUGACGAUGGGCAAGAUGAGAAGACGACUCAAGAAGAAUAUUUAAACAACUUUAAGUCAGUCCCUCCCUUGAGAAUUGUUAUGCUCAUAGUUGGCACUCGGGGUGAUGUACAACCAUUCAUCGCUAUUGGGAGAAAACUGCAGGAACAUGGACACCGAGUAAGAUUGGCGUCACAUAAAAACUUCGAAGGCUUUGUGAAAAGUGGAGGAUUAGAGUUUUAUCCAUUAGGAGGCGAUCCCGUGGUUCUUGCUGGAUAUAUGGUGAAGAAUAAGGGCUUUUUGCCCUCCAACCCUGCGGAGAUCCCAGUGCAGCGUCAGCAAAUCAAGUCAAUUGUGCAUUCUUUACUCCCAGCUUGCACUCAACCUGACUUAGCUUCUGGCAUCCCUUUUCAAGCACAAGCUAUCAUUGCCAACCCUCCAGCAUAUGGACACGUUCAUGUAGCUGAGUUCCUCAAAAUCCCGUUGCACAUCUUUUUCACGAUGCCUUGGACGCCUACUUCCGCGUUUCCACAUCCUCUGUCCCGAGUAAAGCAACCAGCUGGGUAUCGAAUGUCAUAUCAAAUCGUGGACACUAUGAUUUGGUUGGGGAUUCGUGGGAUAAUUAAUAGUUAUCGAAAGAAGAAGCUGAAGCUACGACCUAUUACUUACUUCAGCGGUUCUCAUGGUUCUAUCGCUGAAAUGCCAACAGGGUAUAUUUGGAGCCCCCACCUGGUUCCGAAGCCCAGAGACUGGGGAUCAUCAGUUGACGUGGUUGGCUUUUGCUUCUUAAACCUUGCCACGGAUUACAAACCUCCAGAAGACCUGGUGAACUGGUUGAAAGCUGGUUCACCUCCAAUUUACAUCGGGUUUGGGAGUCUUCCUGUUGAAGACCCGGAAGGCAUGACCAAAAUUAUUGUUGAGGCGCUCAACAAGACCGGACAAAGAGGGAUAAUUGGCAAGGGUUGGGGUGGCAUCGGAAACUUGCCGGAAACUCCAGAAAAUAUCUUUCUUCUUUCUGACUGUCCCCACGAUUGGCUGUUUCCGCAAUGUGCUGGAGUGAUUCAUCACGGUGGUGCAGGAACCACAUCUGCAGGUCUCAAGGCUGCGUGUCCGACAACAAUCAUCCCCUUUUUUGGGGACCAGCCUUUUUGGGGUGAUCGUGUGCAUGAAAAGGGAGUGGGACCAGCACCUAUUCCAGUCAACCACCUCACUCUAGAGAGGCUUGUCAAUGCUAUUGAGAAAAUGCUCGACCCUGUGGUGAAGCAAGCAGCACUGGAUUUAUCGAAAGCCAUGGAAAAUGAGGAUGGUGUAGAAGGGGCUGUUAAUGCUUUUCAUAAGCAUAUUCGUCACCGCAUCCCACAGACUGUGUCUUCCAGAGAAUUUCAUCGCCCUUCUCGCCGCUACAGCUACAGAAGGGCCCUCUUUAAAUGGACAACAUCCUGUCUCCAGGUUUACUGAGUAAUCAGGACUCUAAAUCAAACCAGCUCCGCUUAGCUUUAGGUUUGAGCAUCUCUCUAUCUACCUAACAUUGAAGUAUCGCCUGUACACUAGACCAAUUCUUCAGAGAUGCGCUAUGGACUCUGCACAGUUAGGUUAUGAUCCUAUCAUUGCAUGUAAUGUGGACCCCACGUUGUGCGCACCUUGUAUGUAAUUUAGCUCCUGUAAGAUUCAGAGCCGUCCAAGGAAUCCAACAGUUUUCAGAUUUCAUCACAGGAUGCUCAUGCUCUGGUUAAUGUUUAGUAACUACGGAGCAUAGUGUAGACGGAUGCAAUGCUACGGACCAGGCGCAUCUCGCAAAAAGAAUGUUGACCAAAGGCGACGUAGUGGGCUAUUAACUCUGCGAUUUCACACAGAAUCUCACCUCCAGCUCAACCUCUCAUUGUAUUCCAGCACCGUUUAAGCACGACUAUCUUUACCACCCGCCUUCGAUUAACGUCGAUUACAAAAAUUUCUUCACUGCGUAUGCACUGCGGCAAACCCUUCAAGCCCAUUGUAUUCCCAUCAUCAACAGAAGAUUCGAAGACGCAGAACUUGGGCUGAAUCACUGCUUAGACAACAGUCGAGUUCGGUGAUCGAGUGCAAUCUCUGAAUCUAGUUCGCGAGGAGCAUCCUCACCGACAGAGUGUGAUACUUGCCGUCGAGACCCCACGGUCCGGAGCAGCUUGAGUGUCGGUGCGAAUAGGAUGAAUGUGGAUGAUGGUUGGAUUCAUUCAUCCUCAUUAUAUUAGUAUAUGGGUAAUUGGUUUGACAUUCACCUCUUGCCUCACUAUCUACUUGUACCCAUUCUUAAGUUCUAUUGUAAUUUUAUCUUUA